GGAAUGGGUCGCGCCGGUGGGAUGGGGAAUCCUGUGAACGUGGGGACCGCGGUGCAGGUGGAUUGGGAGAACCGCAAGUUCAUCUCCAACAUCUCCCUCAACGUCCGCCGCCUCUUCGACUUCCUCAGAUUCGAGGCUACGACGAAGAGCAAACUAGCGUCUUUGAACGAGAAGCUUGAUAUCCUAGAGCGGAAGCUGGAGGUGUUUGAAGUCCAAGUGAGCAGCGCGGCCACUAAUCCUUCUCUCUUCAACUAG